AUGUCACGAUUGUUGACAAACUACUUCGAUAAAACCCUCUACAUCGAUGGGCCGGAACAUCUGGAAGGGCCCAUGAAGAGCAGCGAAGGAUCAUCCACUGCCUACGAGGUUGUCCAGAUCAGUGGUAGUUUCAGCACCACAUGGCGCGAAAACAUAUGGGAUCCCGAACUUAAGGAUUACGAAUCAUGUUGCAAUUAUAGGCAGGGUACGAAGGCAUGGCUCACUCCCCAGAACCUCAAGGCCGUAAUAAACCCGCUCGCAGUUCAAGUGAUACACUUCAAAUAUGUCGACUUCUGUGGCGCAGAUUCAGUCGGUUCCGAACUGCGUAUGCUCUUCAUCACGCAUAAUACCCGGGCCAUGCACAUUGCUAUGGACCGAUGCAGGUUUACCGAAUUCGAAGACAUACUGCUCUUGUAUAAAGCACUAGGUGGCCGGCCCGGUUCUUUGCUGCUCAAAGAUAUCUGGUGGAAAGGGAGUCCCCGUUUUCAACCGCUAGACGCGCCAGCGGGGCACGGCAAAUACCAACCGGAAACGGAUCCUCGCUCAGACCGCGCGCGGGCGGAAAUCCUGGCCAUACGCAUGAGUGUGCUGAUUGAAGACCGUCCCAGUGACUCUAAGCACUAUGAUAUCGCCAUUACAAGCAACCACCAAGUUUAUAUUUGGUUCCCUUAUCAUUUUAGGCCCAGAUCUUGGGCAAAAGAGAGUGUCCUGAUUCAAACACCUAAGGGGGCCAUCUGCGAAUUGCGGCCCAUUGAUCAAGACACGAGCAUUCUGACGCUCGUGAAUGCGGAUAAGCAACUGGCACAGAAAUUCUCGCAUUUCGCUAUUACAUGUGUGCAAGUGCAAUCAAAACCCGGACAAACCUCGAGCCCUAUAUUAUCUGCAAGGCGCACGGGCUACAUACUUCAAAACACAUGCUUGUACGAGCUAAGCUCGAAUCUCUGGGAAGGGACCGUUGUUAGACUCAGCCCUGCUUGGCAUUUUUGA